AUGACCCUGUCAAACAGUAUUUACGCUCAUUCUACCAACUGGCAGAUCAGAGCUUGUUCCUCUGAGACUAAGUACUUGAAUCUCAUGUUGUCCACAAAAAAUCAAGACGUCUCAUUCUGUGCCCCUCUGCCCACACAUACAGUGGGCAAACAGCAGGAUAAAUCCUCAAUGAAAUCUAUAGACAAUUACAAGCAAGCUGUUUGGAUUUGUUCUGACAAACAGGCAUAUGCAACACAGACAGACAUCAAAUUUAUGGCAGUAGCAGAGGGACUUGAUCCUUUGUAUUUUUUCUGGAGAUUUGGGGAUGGACCGGAAAUAAAAACAACAUCCAGGAUCUUCAAAAAGAGAUAUCGCCUCCCAGACAAGUACAAUGUGACAGUCAGAGUAUCUGAUGGUGUUAAGUCCAUCAGGUCAGAUGUUUAUGCUGUGGUGAUUCAGAGAUCUGUGCAGCCCAACAGACUCUUGUACAGUCCUUCAGUUUUGUCCAACAGCUCCGUUAAAUUCACCUGCCGUGUGAGCUCGGGAACGGACGUCUCAUAUGUCUGGAAUUUUGGAGAUGGAACAAAACGAAAUGGAUCAAGCACUGAGCAUCAUGUAUUUUACAGCACUGGAGAGUAUAUAAUACAGGUUAUUAUGUCCAACCUGGUGAGCUCAACCUCUUUAACAGGACACAUCUUUGUUGUUGAAGAAUUAUGUCAGCCUCCGCCAGUGAAAAAUAUGGGCCCACACAAAAUACAGGUGUGGCGUUCUCAACCUGUCCAUCUUGCUGUGACAUUUGAGGCCCAGAUUGAGUGUAAUGUGUCCAGAGGUCUGCUGUAUAGAUGGACUAUAUAUGACAUGAGUGGUCAAAAACUGCUCCUCUCGCACAUAGACACAGGACGGCAGUAUAUUGAUCUUCCAAAAUACCUCCUUCAUUAUGGAACAUUUAAAGCCAUAGCAAAGGUCCAGGUAUCCGGAAAUGUGGUUUACAGCAACUACAGUGUUUUAGUAGAAGUGGUGCACCGUCAUCCUGUCAGUAUCAUCAGCGGAGCCACAAAUAUAUUCAUCAAUCAUCGGAUCGGCAUCAACGUCACUCUUGAUGGAUGGAAAUCACAUGACCCUGAUUACCCCAAUAAUACUCUGAGUUAUAGCUGGUCCUGCAGGCCAGUAAACACACAGAAGAGCAGCUGUUUUAACAGGAACAUCAUGAGCACUGCAGCAUUGCUUACAUUUCCAGCUCUCGCCUUGAAACCUGAGUUUGACCUGCUAAAGUUCACUCUGACCGUAUACAGUGGCAAUCGAUCAUCCUCAUCCGAGAUGUUCAUCACUGUAACAUCAAAACAUGUCAGACCAAAGAUGCCCAAAGUAGGACCCGUGGGCAAAAGUUGGCCCAAUGUAACCUUUGAUUUUGCCCACCAUCCCAUCUGCGAGGAGGAUUGCCAGGAAAAUUCAGUAAACUGGAAUGAGCCAUUUUCUGUCUCUGCUUUCUGUGAGGAUUGUGACUGCAACACAAAAAAUGUGACCUAUCGCUGGAAACUUCACCUGGUCAAUGCCUCAAGCAGAGCUGCUGCAGAAGUUCCGUUCUGCAGUACUAUGGAUCUUGGUUUACCUUUCAGAAUGGAGGAGAGCUUACAUUUCUCCAGGCCUGCAGUGACACCCAACACUCCAGCACUUCUGACUGAGACCUCUAUUCCUGGAUCUCUGGCUCCUUAUCUUUUAUCUGAUCUCAUUGACCUGACAGCCCCAGUUACACUAGAUUCUCUGCCUUUAGUGAAACACCCUGAUGUUCACAAUCCCCACUCAAACACAAACCACCAUGCAGUGUUUCCAGCUGUCAUGCAUUCACAGCCAGGCCUCCUCUCAUCCUUCCCUGGGGAAACAGUGUUGUCUGAGGGUCACCGGGAGUCUUUAUCAGCCUCUGAUAGGGUGUCAGUGACAGAUUUCAUGUCAGAGUAUGAUUAUUAUAAUUUUGGAAUUGAAGAGGCUGACCCAGGUAUCCCAGUCGGCAGACCUACAGGGAGCAAUUCGGUGGGAUUUAGCUGGAAUGAAGGAUCAUUCCCUGACUCUUUUGACAAUGAGGGCGAAAAUCUGAUGGAUCCAAACAUGCUGGCAGUUUCUGAAAAGACCCUUCUGGAUCUGGACAAACAACUCAUUCAUCCAUCUGUGUUUGAGUCUUACACCCUGACAGGAUUGUCUUCUUCAGUUGUUGCAUUUAAACCCUUCAUGCUUAAACCAAAGAGUCUGUAUCUGCUGGAAGUGUUUGCAAGUUGUGAGCAGCGUCUGCGAGGGAAAAGCCAGCUGUUCUUCCACACACAAGCUGUUCCUGAGGGAAUGAACUGCCAAGUGCAGCCCAACACCGGCAAUGAAAUCCACACACAUUUCAGCAUCUUCUGCUCCUCUGGAAAAGAGGAUCUCUUGUAUGAGUACAGCUACAGUUUGGGAAACACUAAGAGGAAACUCCUUUACGAAGGCAGAGACUUUCAACACUACUUUAGUCUGCCUAGUGGAGAUCCGAAUGAUGAUUACAAAGUUAACGUCUAUAUUGAAAUAAAGAACCGAUUUGGAUCAGCGACCAAACCAUGUCCUGUGACAGUAACUGUUUUUCCCAGCUUUCAGAGAAACUCAUCAUCUCAGCCCAACCCGGAUCAAGAACUGUACCUGUAUGGAGUUGGUAACCUGACUAGUCUGAGGAAGACAGGGAGUAAUCGAGACAUCAUCAACUACAUCUUUAUUUUGACAAAAGUGUUGAACCGCUUGAGUCUGGACCGAGAGUCGUCUAUGGAGUUUCUGAUGCUCACACGCUCCGCACUCAUUUCAGCAGUCUGUCAACUCUCUAUCACUCACAAGGAUAUUUCAUAUGAAAUUAUUUACAGGCUUAGUGACUUGAUAAACAUCACAAGCCAACUGACAUUUUACAGUGUCAAACAAGUAAUCCAGCAUGUUCAUAAAAUCUCGUCUGUCUUAAAUGGAUCUGAGCCUCCAGCUGACCAUGUUAAUGCUCUGGUGUCCCUUUUGUCUGGUGUGCUGGAGGCACCAGUUCUCUUCUCAAAACCAGGACACCAACUCAUAAAUAAAGCUCUUCACACCAUCACUGAUUUAAUACUGGAGUGCAUGAUGUCCAGCAACAUUUCACAGUACAAUCUGAGCACCACUUUCAUGGAAUUGUUGGCCUGGACAGACGAUGAGUCUCAUUCUACGGUGAAAACAUUUGGCCUCACUGCGUUCCACUUCACUGACUUUCUGGAGAUGCAAUUUCAGCAUUGGAGAAUCAACAGCCAGCAAAAGCCCUGCGUUAUUACCUGGCUCACAGUGUACAGACAGAGCCCAUACCGCUCUUCCAGAGACAUGCAGUUCAGUGGAGAGACAGCAGACGUUCGGCUUUACAACUGCACCACGAGAAAGGAAAUCAAAGUCCGACAUCUUUCCACACCAGUUACUGUUGAAUUUCAGAGAAAAGAUGAGACAAAACAGAGCAAACAUACAGACUUCACUCUUAUGCACAGUGAGGUGAACAUUCAUGAGUUCAACAUCACGUCACAGAUACUUCAGAGAGCCAUUCAGAUCACUGUGCACUUUACCAGACCUGCUGAACGGCCCUUUCCCAUCCUGCUUCUGCUCAGGAUGUAUGAGCAGCCAACACCUGAUCUGUACAACAAACAGACCAUAUAUCACUGGAAAGGACAGACAGCUCACUUUUUUCUCCCUCAAUCCUAUGUGCAUGCUACUGGUACUGUUUACCUGAUGCUUCUCAAAGCAGACUAUAAUAAAAGCCCAAGCAACAAGUACAUCACCAGAGCUGUAAACUACACACUGCGCAUUGAGUCUGUUGAGUGUCUGUCCUGGGAUGGUGAGAAACAGUGGAAGCCCGAUGGUUGUUUUCCUCUUGCUGCUGUUUCUCCAGACCGCAUUUACUGCAGUUGCAACCACCUGGCAUCAUUUGCAGUAUCACAUGAGGCCAUCACAAACAACUUCAGCUCUGCAGAUGUUUCACAGUUCAUCCACUCAAAACUCAACUACAUCCCGGUCAUUUUGGCAGUUAUUUUCCUGGCUCUCCAUAUAAUGGUGUCAGUCAUCUGUAGGAAAGCUGAUGUUUCCUUACAGAAAACUACAGGCUCGUUCCUGCUACCAGAAAACAAUCCAUCAGACCGCUUUCUCUAUGCUGUCACCAUUGACACAGGCUUUAGAUCUAGAACCAGGAUGACAGCAAAGGUCUACAUUGUUCUGCAUGGAGAUGAUGGUGUGUCUCAGACCAGGGAGAUCAGCAGCUCUGACUCCAGGCUCUUUACAAACAACUCAAGGAAUACUUUCAUUCUCAGCUCUCCAGAGUGUCUGGGUCGAGUGUGGAAGGUGCACCUCUGGCAUGAUAACGGAGGUUCAUCUCCCAGCUGGUAUCUGAGCCAUGUGGUGGUAAAAGACCUGGUGCAGGGCUCCUGCUGGUUCUUUCUGGGCCAGUGUUGGCUUGCAGUUGAUGAGGGAGAUGGAAGAGUGGAGAGGAACCUGGUUGCUUCAGAAUGUGGACUAACAUUUAAACAGCUUCUAUAUAUGAAGCUGACAGAAUAUCUGGAGGACUUUCACCCGUGGUUUUCCGUGUACAGCCGUCCGUCUUCCAGCUCUCACACACACACCCAGCGUUUGAGUGUGUGUCUGCUGCUCCUGCAGGGCUACAUGUGUGUCAACACGCUGCUCAUAAAUCUUUUGGAAAAACAGGGUUUUGCGGAGACAGGACUCAUUGAUGUUCCGGCGGUCUGCAUGUUAACAGGCAUGUGCAGUGCUCUGGCUGUGAUGCCGGCGGGGGGUUUGGUGUCUCUGGUGUUUCGUGUCAGCAAGACCAAGUCCAGUAGUGUGUCUGGAGAGCAGUAUAAAGUCAAAGUGUCUGCUCUCUGCUCUAUAGAAGAGCACCAUGAUGCAUUUCUGAUGAAUGAUCGUGCAUCUGAAUCGUGUCUGUCCUGGAAUUCAGUUUCAUGCUCAUGGAAAAAAGAAUAUAAGGAAAUAAAGUACCUCAAACAGGACUCCAAAACUUCAGAUUCAGUGUCUGCGUCAAAACUACAAGAUGACCUAGACACCAUCUUAGAGAUUGUGGAUGACUCCAUUUCUGAUGUCAACAAGAGACUACAUGGCAAAUGCAAAUGGAAAAAGUCUGACUGCAAGUCACACUCCUCAGCAGAUGUCUUGGAGAACCAGCAAGUUUGUGGUGGAAGAAUUCAAAGUCUUCAGUCCUGGUGUUGUUAUCUGGGCUGGACCCUCUGCAUGUCCCUCUCUCUUACAUGUGUCACCAUCACGAGUAGUCUCGGAGCAAAGUUCAACAAAACAGAGACUCUUCUGUGGGCUCAUUCUGUCUUCUUUUCUCUCAUCUGUGGAGGUUUUGUUUUGCAUCCAGCGAUGAUUCUCAUAACAGCGAUUACAGUUUCUCUGAGACAUCGGAAAAGAUCUGACUGGUUCCAUAGUCUAAGUGUAACAGAGCCUCUCUUUGAGUUUUUGAGACACAGGGGCCAAAAAUCUGAUGUCUUUGGUAGCAAAUGCCAGUCAUUCACAGAGAGAAGUGUACAUUUUGAAAAGGUGCUUGCUGACCGUCAGAGAGCCAGAUUUCUACGCUUAGUACGGCCUCCGAAUUCAAGAGAUUUGAAGCUUGUGAGAGGCCAGAUCAAGAAACAAACACUCUUUUACAAAACUACAAGGAUGAACGCUUUCAAGUCAGUUAAAGGGCUUCUGGAGUCUGGUUGGAUGACUCCAUUCACCCAGAUUGUGAUUCUCCAGUUUGUCCUCUACAACGGGCCCAGUAACCUCUUCACAUCAGUCACUAUCCUAGUAGAGCAAACAUCUACAGGAGCUCUGAUGCCCUCAGCAAGUGUACAGUCCACUAGACUCUACCAUUUUCCAGCAGCCCUCGACUACAGUGUUAUGAUCUGUGAGGUGACUGUUAUCAUCUGCAGUCUCUUGCGGUAUAUUUGUUCUGUGUAUAAACUUCAGCUAAAAACAGAGACGAUUGAUUUUCUGAAGAAGGAGGAUUUUAAAUUACUUGUUGAUCUAAGUUCAGUCUUCAUUUGUGAGCAGAGCUUUUACUUAGCAGAGUUUGAAGAUUUAAUGGAUGAGUUGAUGUUUCAUCUCUGCACCAUGUCAGACAAUCUGCCAGCAAAAGAAAAUCUAUUUGAGAUCCAGAGCAAUUUCUCAAUCCCACUUUCUGAUGUUCAUGAUGGCUCAGACUCUGAGAGGUUGCGGAAUGGCGAUGGUCGAUGCAAAGCUUUAUUGGAAAGGGAGUGA